CUUGGGGUAAGUGUGCAAGGGGUAGGUCAGCUGACAGGCCCGGUGGCAAGACGCCGUAUCCCCCAAGACAGAGUCAAACGCUUCAGCCGAAGCGGUCCCCGAGCCUCCGGCCAGGGCCAUGGUCAGAAGCAGCAGCGGCGGGAGCCCCAGUUGGGCCCUGACCCAGAGGAUCCCACUCAGCGCCGCCAUUUUGUUCCCCUCUGUCACAACAGCUCAGCUUGUUGCUGUUUUCUUUUCAGGGCUACCUCCUCCUUCCGGAGCCGGCCCCCUUCUCCGCCCCGCGGGCUGCCGCUUCCGCCUCUGCCGUCUCCUCAGUUCCGCCCAGAGCAGUGCGAAACUGCCGCCUCCGACCCCGCCUCUGGGACUACGAACUCCUCCUAGACUGGCAACACACUGCAAGCACGUGGAGGUAGUUGGAAUCCCCCUAGCAAUGGAUAAAUUCGUCAUUCGAACGCCUCGAGUCCAGAACAGCCCUCAGAAGAAAGAUCCUGGAGCAAAAAUGUACAAGCAGGCAACGAUUGAAUCACUGAAGAGAGUUGUGGUUGUAGAAGACAUAAAAAGAUGGAAGACUAUAUUGGAGCUUCCUGAUCAAACCAAAGAGAAUCUAGUUGAAGCCUUACAAGAAUUAAAGAAGAAAAUACCCUCUAGGGAAGUGUUAAAGUCAACAAGGAUAGGUCACACUGUGAACAAGAUGCGGAAACACUCAGAUUCAGAAGUGGCUUGUCUUGCCAGAGAAGUUUACACUGAGUGGAGAACUUUCAUGGAAAAACACUCAGAUAGACCUUCUAUUGAAGUCCGGAGUGAUCCCAAAACCGAGAUGUUUAGAAAAAAUGCCCAGAAAUUACUCUCAGAAGCUUUGGAAUUAAAGAUGGAUCACCUACUGGUUGAAAAUAUUGAGCGGGAAACGUUUCAUCUCUGUUCCCGCCUCAUUAAUGGGCCAUACCGGCGGACGGUAAGAGCCCUGGUCUUCACAUUAAAGCACCAAGCUGAAAUUCGGGCCCAGGUGAAGAAUGGCUUGCUGCCAGUCAGCACAUUUGUAAAGAACCACAAAAAGUGACCUGAGGAUGUUCCAACCCUGAGCUGGGCAGAGAGGAAAGCAGGCCUCUCUCUGCCAUUCAAAGACUCUUUUGAGUUUGAGUGAUGGCUGAAGCUGGCUGUGCUAAAUUUUCCCAUGGUGCAUUCCUUCAGACGGAGGGUGCUGAGAGCCCUGGCACACACAGGCCUGCAGGAACCUGCUUCAUUAUCUGUAGCAUGCUGGUGCUGCCUAACAGGAUGCGCACUGGCUGUCACUGGGAAGCGCUGCACGAUUGCCAUCACCCAACACAGUGAAAGGCGAUGGAUUUCACUGUGAGUAUGCCAGAGACACCUCUAAACAUCCCCCAUAUCAGGCAGAGGAAGUUACUACUUUAUUUCGCCACCCUGCAGGUAACUGAAACUCAAUUACUGCUGCCGCUCACUCGGUUCCAUCCCCCUGAGUUUAGAUAGCUCUGGUGCCUCUCAGAACUCCUGUCUGUUCUCUUUGCUCUACCCCAGGGGUGAGCCUGCCAGAGCCAGCCGACUACCCCUUCUUGCCAGAGCUCACUUAUCUGAACGUUUCAGCUCUCCCUGGAAGACCUUCUGUGUUGGUCUCCGGAGCCCCCAUGCUGAGGCUUCUAAUGAGGAAUCGGCCUGAAGUGUCCCCCCACCUCGGGGGUUUAUUUGAAUAUGUUGGCUCUUUCAGUUUAGGGCCAUGUAGAAGAGACAUAGUGAAAUUUCUCUUGAAAUGAAUUACUAUAGUAGGAAAAAAAUACAUAUACAUUUUAAAAUGAAAUACCUCUGUACAGGCCUGCUUGAACAAUUAUGUAAAUGAUACUUGCUUUUUAAAGUAA